AUGGAAGAGAUCGCCCCCGAGUAUGAUGUUGUGGUGCUCGGCACUGGGUUGACGGAAUGUGUGCUUUCUGGUGUUCUCAGUGUCAAGGGUAACAAGGUGCUCCACAUUGAUCGCAACGAUCACUACGGAGGAGAAGCUGCUUCCGUGAACAUUGAAACCCUGUUCAAGAAAUACGGCAACGUCCGCCCCGGCGAAGAACCCUGGAAGAAGUAUGGACGAGUCAACGAUUGGAAUAUUGAUCUGGUCCCAAAGCUGCUGAUGGCAAACGGUGAACUCACGAAUAUCUUGGUUUCUACGGAUGUGACGCGAUACCUUGAAUUCAAACAGAUUGCUGGCAGCUAUGUCCAGCAAGGAAAGGGACCCAAAGCUACUGUGGCCAAGGUGCCAUCGGAUGCUGGUGAAGCUCUACGUUCAUCCCUCAUGGGCAUGUUCGAGAAGAGAAGAGCUAAGAAGUUCCUGGAGUGGGUUGGUGAAUUCAAGGAGGACGACCCCUCUACUCACCAAGGUCUGAAUGUCGCUCAGUGCACAAUGAAGGAGGUUUAUGACAAGUUCGGACUCGAGGACAACACCCGCGACUUUGUCGGUCACUCCAUGGCGCUUUAUCCGUCUGAUGAGUACAUCACAACACCUGGCAUGGCCGUCGAGACCAUCCAUCGUAUUCGACUGUAUGUCAACUCCAUGGCCCGGUACGGAAAGUCCCCAUACAUCUACCCUCUCUAUGGUCUGGGUGAGCUCCCCCAGGGAUUUGCUCGUCUGUCUGCCAUUUACGGUGGCACCUACAUGCUCAACACCAGCGUCGACGAGGUUCUAUACGACGAGAGCGGCAAGGUCUCUGGAAUCAAGGCCAUGAAGUUCACCACCAAGACAAAGAAGAUCAUCGCGGACCCAUCUUACUUCCCUGGCAAGGUUCGGGUCACUGGCUACCUCCUGAAGGCCAUCUGCAUCCUGAAGCACCCCAUUGAAAAGACCGACGGCAGCGACUCGCUGCAGCUGAUCAUUCCUCAGUCUCAAGUUGGAAGGAAGCACGACAUUUACAUUGCCAUGGUGUCAUCCGCCCACAAUGUCUGCCCCAAGGGCUACUACAUCGCCAUUGUCUCUACUAUUGCCGAGACUGAUGCAAACCACCACCUGGAACUGGAACCCGGAUUCGAGCGUCUCGGCCAGAUUGAAGAGAAGUUCUUUGGCCCUCCCAUUCCUCUCUACGAACCUUUGGACAGCGGCGAGAAGGACAACAUCUUCAUUUCCAAGAGCUAUGAUGCUACCUCCCACUUUGAGACAACAACAGACGACGUGCGGGACCUUUACAAGCGGGCCACAGGCGAAGAGCUGGUUGUUGAGGGUCUUCGGGAGGACCAGAGACUUGCGGAGGACUAG